CAGAAGCAGUUGCCGUGAUCAAAACAGCAAACCAGCGUUGGCACGAGCAUAUCCGGCGGCGCGGCGGCGGCGUGCUCUCCCUACCCUCCUCCGGCCAUCGCCGGCGGCUCCUCCGACCACCGUAGGGCUCCGCUCCGCCGCUGCCUAGGGGAUUCAUGGCGAGGUUGGUGUCGACCGCUCUCAUGAGAGGGCUCGUGAGAUCGAGCCGCGCGCCGAGAGUAGCUGCUGUGUCACAACCAGCUAUCCAGCAGUUUAGGAACUACUCACCAGGACUUGGUGGUGAUUCUAGAGGAAGUGGGGACUCAAGUUCAACACGAGUAGCUGCUGAUCCUGAUACACAUCAAGAUUUCCAGCCUACAAGCAAAAGUUCCAACAUGUCUUUUGAUGACAUUGUUGCUCAGGAUAUCAAAGAGAACCCAGUCUUGAUCUACAUGAAGGGUUUUCCUGAGUCUCCUAUGUGUGGAUUCAGUGCAUUGGCAGUUAAAGUCCUCAAGCUAUAUGAUGUCCCUAUCAGUGCUAGAGAUAUUUUGGGAGACCUCAAGCUCAAAGAGUGUGUCAAAGCCCACACCAACUGGCCUACGUUUCCACAAAUAUUUAUCAAAGGAGAGUUUGUUGGGGGGUCUGAUAUCAUAUUAGAUAUGCAUCAGAAGGGUCAGCUUAAGGAUGUGCUUGGCGAUAUUGCACAAAAGCAUGAGCAAAAAGAAUCAUCAUGAAGAUGACAAUAGUACGCCAUUUUGGUCACGUGAGCUUUAGCAUCAGUAUGGGAGCUGGAUUCUUCCUUUCCAAAUUUUCGUUCCCGUUUAUGUAGUAUGGAUUUGCUUUCUCCUAUCGUUUGAGCUUUUCAUGUCAAAGAUGGUGGAAGAAGAAUAACCCUCUGUUCCAGUUGUAUACAAGCUUUUUCACGAUAAAUAAAUGCCACUUGUCCUUGUAUCGUUUCGGGCUAAGCUGCGACUAUAAA